AUGAACCUUCGCCUGCUCUUACACUCCAUCCUGGUUACGCAAGUGCUCAGGUCGGAACGAGUGGAACGUGGUGGAAGAACUCUCCGUCCUGGGGAGGUUCCAAACGUGCAUGCAGAAUGUACACCCAAAUGGAGAGCCCCGAAAUGCUACAUAGUGAAUGGAGCCCUGCGAAGGAGAUUCUCCAAAGGGGUAACCUCCCCCUCCGUAAAUAAACUGAAUGGAUUUGGAGUGAGCCCCGUAAGUAGCGAAUACUGCAGUGGUGACGAGACAAAACGAAACGAACAUUAUGAAGCAUACAUUCGAAAUGUGUGUGAAGAACUGCAACGAAUGAUUGACAGAGAAGAUAAGAUGAAACAUCUGAUGAGGGAAAAUACAAACGCUUGUAAAGUCAACUUUGCAGAACCAGUGGACAGGAAAAAAUUCACCUUAAGGGAUAACUCAAAAUUGGACUGUAAGAGGAGGAAGUACUUCAUUAAUGAAGUGAGGGAGGGAGUCUAUUACAGGUAUGUGGAGAGGUGCAACUCAAAUUUGUACGUUGCUGUGGAUGUAGUGGAAUGUGGAGGAGGAGAGGAGGAGGGGGGAUGCGAAGUGCAUUCGAGAUAUCCCAUAAAUGAUAAGUCCAUCAGGCCAGAUGAAUAUGCUGGUGAUAGACCACACUGGCGAAGUAUCCUUGGAAGGAAGAAAUUUUCUAUCACCAUCGAUGGAUUCAGUGAUAAUGUCGUCUUGUCCUGCUUCCUGCAGGUUCUUCUAAAGGGUCUUCAUAACCUCGACUUGGAACGUUUUCUGAACAUGGGAUUUGAAGAAGUGGUUAAUCAGUUGAGUAGGCUCUACACCAUCCACGUGAAUGGGGAAAGCAUCGUUGAGCAUGUGGUUAGUCGAGUUCAGCGAUUUCUGGAGAGGCUCUGCAGGGGGGUUUCAAACGAAAUGGUGAAUAAGAGCUCGUUGAGCCGUCAACCUGCGCGAAAAAAUAUGCGCAUGCACCAGUACCCACGCGUGGCACACAUGCUCAGUGGAGGGGUAGAUUCCCUGAUGGCACUUCGACUUUUGGAAAAGAAAAAAUUCUACGUUCACAACUUUUUCUUACACUUUGCACACCAAGAGUGUAGUAAGAGCGACCUCCGAUAUGUGAAGAAAAUUUGUUCCAAGAGAAAAAACCUCUUCAUCGUUAACAUUAAUGAGGAGUACACUGAGCAGGUGCUUAUCCCCAUGCUACGUAGUUACGCGGAUGGACAAAUUCCUAACGCUGAUAUCAUGUGCAACGAGAAGGUAAAGUAUAAUUUGCUGAUGCGGAAGAUGAAGAAGUUGUGUAGAGAACGCGGGGGUAGGUGGGAUUACUCCUAUGUGUCCACUGGUCACUACGCCAUGAUAAGUACGAAUGAUGUGUCGAACGCGAAUAAACUGUUCAGCGGGAAUUUCCCUUACGUGGGUGAUGACACUGAUGGGAAAAUGCCACGCAGAACUCCACGGAAGAGAUACAAAUUAGUUGUGGGUAGAGAUGUGAAGAAAGAUCAGACUUUUUUUUUAUCGUCCUUAUCGGAAGAGCAGUUGUCUAAAUUCCUGUUUCCGCUUUGCCUGCACAGGAAGAGUGACAUUAAGAUGGUCAUGGAGAGACGGGAGGCUGGGAAGUACAACCAGAGGGAGACGCGGGGCCUGUGUCUGUACGGGAGGGUGGACAUGCACUCUCUGCUGGGGCUAUACUUGGGAGGUGGAGGUAUGAGCAGGGAGAGAAGGGACAGGGAAUCGGAAAGGGGUCUGCAUGAGAAGGAAAGUGUUCCAGUCGAAGCAAAUCUCGCAAUAGAAAGAUCUACCCUCGCAACCUUCAACCACACUGCGCGCGGUCUACAGUGGGAGAAGGACCAGGUGCGAUCACCGGAAUUCCGCGCUUUCCAGGAGAAGCACCUACCCUCAUUCAACUUACGCUUUAAAAAUCACAUAAUAAAUGUGGAGGAUGGAACAGUGAUGGACACGAAUGAAGGAAUCCACCUGUAUGCCAUUGGACAGAAGAAGCAUAUAACGAAUUAUUUACACGAACUGUACAAUUCGAAAGGGAGAAAUCGAACCUGUGAGAAGAACUAUAUAUCCUCAUGUCAGUGGACAGUCGUUUACAAGAAAAUGUUCAAACGUGCAAGUGGGAACGUGAAGGAGAAUUUCAUUUACCUUAGCCGUAAUUAUGGGAGUAGCUUAUUUCGGUAUCUUCGUGUACGGUGCAAGUUGGGGGAUUUUCGUUGGGUAGCCUCUUCCCCCCCAUCUUACCUACGACAGAAGAUACAGGAUGUGGCCAAAGAGGGACAAUCAGAAGUAACGGAAGGAACAGAUGGGUCGUUGAAAAUUUCACCCACCAGAAAGAAAAUGGGAGGAAGAAGCAUUUGUAUCAAAGUACGAAAUAGCGAAAAGAUAAAGGAAGCGAAGAUUACCCUCGAUGAUUCGGGAAAAACGGGGUACCUCACGCUCAGGGAGAAGGACAUAGGAUUAUCUCCCGGACAGAUAGUUACCUUCUACCUUCCCUUCAUCGUUAAGAGGAAUGGAAAAACAAAGUAUGUGUACUCCCUGAGGAGAAGGGGAGGGAAGAAGGAGAGACCAACCUUUUUCCAUUGUCUGGGGUCGGCAAGAAUUAUAAACCAAUACUUGAAUCGUAGUCUUUACCUCCGUCUGAUGGGAAUACACAGGAAGAAUAACCUGCCCCUCUGGGGGAGAGACACACAGUGCGGUCUACUAAAUUAG